ACUUGUGGCAUUGCGUGACGUCGCGUCGUUGUGUGCUGGUGCUGGGCGCCUUGACUCGCCUGUCACCAUCAGCAACAGCAGGAGGAACCUCCUCCUUAGCAGCAAGACAGUCCGUUCUGUCGCCUCUCCGGCGCAAUGGUCUCUUGGAUUAUCUCCAGACUUGUGGUACUUGUGUUUGGUACGCUGUAUCCUGCCUACUCAUCUUAUAAAGCCGUCAAGUCCAAAGACGUAAAGGAAUAUGUGAAAUGGAUGAUGUACUGGAUAAUAUUUGCCCUAUUUACAUCAGUGGAAGUAUUCACCGAUAUGUUUCUUUGCUGGCUUCCUUUCUACUAUGAACUGAAGAUAGCCUUUGUGGUGUGGUUAUUGUCGCCUUACACUAAAGGCUCCAGUGUGCUCUACAGGAAGUUUGUCCACCCCACUCUUUCCUCUAAAGAAAAGGAUAUUGAUGACUAUAUCUGCCAAGCCAAGGACAAAAGCUAUGACACGCUGGUGCAUUAUGGGAGAAAGGGGCUAAAUGUGGCCGCCACCGCUGCUGUCAUGGCUGCAACAAAGGGCCAAGGAGUUCUGACGGACAGAUUGAGGAGCUUCAGCAUGCAAGAUCUGUCGGGAUACGACUCGGACACGGCCAGCUCUACCCAGCCAACGAGAACGGAAGCAGCAGCUCAGCACCGGGCUCGCACCAUGAUGCGGAGCAAGUCUGAAAGCUACAACAAAGAUUUUGACAUGACUGACUAUGAGGUGUUGGCACUAGACCAAAGGGUACCAGAGGAGUCGCUGACACCUGAUUCCUCGCCACCCUCCACGCCUUCUCCCACUCCUCCAGCUCUGGGGGAGCCAGAGGAGGGAACGAAGGUUGUACGGGGGGCUCAGCUCGGGUUCGUGAAAAGAAAACCUCCCGAGCCUCCUCUUAGAGUCUUAAGGCCUCUCACGAGAUCCAGGAGCGCUGUGUGUUCCAACAGCGAAGCCAUGUGAAGCGCGUGGGCCGUGCACAUCGACGCCUCCAGCUGCCUCCAGCUUGCUGCAACACGUAAUUUUUCUUUUUUUUUUU